AUGACCUUGUUUCAGUAUAUUGCAUUAUUUGUAACAAUUCUCUUCAUAUUGCACAAUAUAUGGAGACGAAACAAAAAUGAACUUCUACCAAAUUGGCCAAUUAUUGGCAUGUUACCAUCAGUUUUGCAUAAUCAAUCCAAUAUUCAUGAUUUUGUAACCUUACUUUUGAAACAUUAUGGUAGCACUUUUCAUUUUAAAGGACCUUGGUUCACAAAUAUUGCCAACUUUACCCUCACCAGUGAUCCCAUGAAUGUGCACCAUAUCACUAGCAAGAAUUUCAGCAAUUAUGGGAGAGGAUCUGAUUUCCCUGAAAUCUUUGAAGUUCUUGGUAUUAGUCUUAUAAAUUUGGAUUCCAAUGAUUGGAAACAAGAGAGGACAAUACUUCAUUCAUUGCUCAAAAGGAAAAGUUUUAAGACAUCCCUUCAACAAAUCAUUCAAAAGAAGCUAGAGAGUUGUCUAUUACCAUUUCUUGAUCAUGCAACAAAAGGUUUACAAGUACUCGAUUUACAAGAUAUUCUUGAGAGGUUCACCUUCGAUAUAAUCGGCACCUCUUUAUUUGAAUUUGAUCCUAAUUGCCUUCCUUACAAGUUCAAUGAGUUUUCAGAUAUUGCGUAUGUAAAAGCUAUUUCUGUGAUUGAGGAUACGAUAUUGUUUAGGCACUAUAUUCCAAAAUGUUUUUGGAAGCUACAAAAAUGGCUACAAAUUGGUCAAGAGAAGAAGAACAAUAUAGCUCAAGAAAAUAUUCAUAAAUUCUUGUACAAUUGUAUAUCUUAUUACAAAGACGGUGAAGAGAAACGAACAUUUAAAAGCAACGAAGACGUGGAUGAAUCUCAUUCUUGCCUGCUAAAAGAUCUAAUGAAGGAAGGAUUGGGAAAGGGGGAAAUGGCUGAGAAAUAUAUUAUAAACACAACACUCAAUCUCUUAGCUGCAGGAAGUGGAACAGUUAGUUCAGGUCUAAGUUGGUUCUUUUGGCUUGUUUCAACUCAUCCUAUUGUGGAAACUAAAAUUAUUCAAGAGAUUAAAGAUAAUUUUCUAAAAGGGCUUGAUAAGCUUGUUUAUCUUCAUGGAGCUAUUUGUGAAGCUUUAAGGCUUUAUCCUCCUAUACCAUUUGAACACAAGUGUGCAAUUAAAUCAGAUAUAUUACCUAGUGGAGACCAUGUUAGUCCAAAUACAAAGUUGAUAUAUUCUUUGUAUGCAAUGGGAAGGAUGGAACAAAUAUGGGGAGAAGAUUGCUUGGAAUUUAAGCCUGAAAGAUGGAUAUCAAAUAGAGGAGAAAUUAUACAAGUGCCAUCUUAUAAGUUCAUAGCAUUCAAUGCAGGUCCUAGAAGUUGUAUUGGGAAAGAUAUUAGCUUUGUUCAAAUGAAAAUGGUUGCUGCUAAUGUGUUGUGGAAGUUUCACAUAGAAGUGGUGGAAGGUCACUUUGUUACUCCAAGGGUUGCUAUGGUUCUUCGUAUGAAACAUGGUUUGAAGGUCAAAGUCAGUCAAAGAUGCAUUUGA